CGCUGCCAUAAUUCCUCACAGCUUCACUUUUUUUUUUCUUUUUUUUUUCUUUUUUCCCCCAAAAGGGAAUACCACUUUUCUCCGUUUAAGACCAUCUAUAAUCCUAAGCUUGCUUAAUUAGAUAUGCAUGCAGAAUGCGGGGCAUAUGUUGAAUUUGUUGUAAACCGGUGAUUCAAGCCCUUUUAAUGUAUGCUGUUUCUAUAUAGGCAGAGUAAAUUGUAGAGUUUCUGGGGAGAAAUGGUUGGCCAUUUGCUUUUGUGUAUCUUACUGUUUCUAACCAUAGAAGUUAAAGAUGGCGCUAAGCUACCACUUGUUGAAAAGAAAUUCAUGACUCUGAGUGGUGGUCAGCCGGAGGUUGUAGCGCUAGGUGGAUACUCGGGAUUCUUCCCUAGUUCAAGCCUGAAUGCUUAUGACUUUGCUCUUGAGAUUAGCAUCCCUGGAACAAUCCAGUAUUGCAACGUGCAUUUUUCAAAGGACAACAUUGGCUUCUGCGUUGCACAAAUAAAUCUUAUGAAUACUACAAGUAUUGAGGAAUUUGAUCCUAAAGGAAUGAAGGAAUACAAAAUAUAUGAACAAGAAGUCCAUGGAUAUUUUGGUCUGGACUACCCUGCCAAAGUGCUAUUUGAUAAUGUGACGGUUCGCCAAAACAUUUUCACCAGGUCGGGAGUGUAUGACGGUUCUCCAUUGGUCGUACCGUCUCAACUGUUUGAAGACAGGAAAAAGAUACCAGCAAGAGUUUGGUUGAACUUUGAGAAUGACAUGUUCUAUAAGGAGCACAAGAUCAGUGCUGAAACAUUUCUCCUAGAUAUUUUGAAAACCGUGCCGGAGUUCCUCUCAUCACCGGAGAUAGGUUUCUUGAAGUCUAUGGGAUCGAAGUUGGACAAGUCUAAGACGAAGUUCAUAUUCACAUUCCUCGAACCAGAUGAAGUCGAGCCAACUACCCAAAAAUCAUAUGGUUCCCUGAUUAAAGAUCUGGGCGCGAUCAAAUCAUUUGCAUCUGGGAUUGUUGUACCAAAAGAAUAUAUCUGGCCUGUUGAUAAGGCCAAGAGGUUGCAGCCAGCGACAAGCCUCGUGCAAGAUGCUCACAAAGCAGGGCUUUCCGUGUAUGCUUCUAGCUUCGCGAAUGAUAGAUUAUGGAGCUACAAUUUUAGCUAUGAUCCUGUGCUAGAGUACAUACAGUUUACUGAGAAUCCCGAAUUUUCUGUUGAUGGGGUCUUGUCUGAGUUUCCUUCAACUGCUUCAGAAGCAAUUGCAUGCAUAAAUCUGGACAAGAAGGCUCCCAGGGCUGUACCUAAUUUGAUCAUAUCCCACAAUGGUGCUAGUGGAGAUUUCCCCGGCUCGACUGAUUUGGCCUAUGAUAAAGCCAUAGCGGAUGGCGCUGAUCUGAUUGAUUGCUCAGUUCAAAUGUCUAAAGAUGGAAUUGCCUUCUGCUCCGACAGAGCUGACCUUAUGAAAACAACUACUGCAGCAGCUCUUUUCAUUGAUAGGUCUAAAAACAUCAAAGAGAUUCAAUCAGCUGAUGGUGUUUUCUCCUUUGACCUAACGUGGGACGAAAUUCAAACUCUUAAGCCAAAAAUCGAGAGUUUCUUCCCGGACCAGCCUAGAAAUCCGGCAUUCAAGAACAGCGGCAAGCUUCUGACCCUUCCUGCGUUCUUGGAGCUUGCCAAGACAAUGGCAGUACACGGCAUAUUCAUAUCGAUAAGGAAUGCUGCAUACCUUGCUGCAAAGAGGGGUCUUGACAUAGUAGGUACAGUCUCCACAGAGCUCAGCCAUUCCAAGUUUGAUAAGCAGACACUCCAGAAGGUUCUAAUCGAAUCAGAUGACACCUCGGUGUUGGAUCAGUUCAAAAGCGUCCCAACUUAUGAGAGAGUGUUGUACCUCAAGGACGCGAUAGGUAGUGUACCGGAUCAAGCAGUGAAGGAGGUGAAGAAGCACGCGGCUUCAGUUCACUUGCGCAGAAGUUCCCUCAUGGUUGCUGAAAACAGCUUCAUCGUCAACUUCACCGAGACCAUCCCAGCCUUCCAUGCUGCUAACGUCUCAGUAUAUGUUGGGAUUCUGAGGAAUGAGUACCAGAACUUGGCCCUCGACUAUCUGGCUGAUCCAUACGUGGAGCUCGCCACCUUGACCGCCCUACAAGUUGAUGGCUUCGUAACAGAUUAUCCCUACACUGGAGCCCUGUUUGUCAGAUCAUCUUGCUUAAAUGAAGAAUCUCCUUAUGUUACAAUGCCGGCACAGCCAGGUAUGAUGUUCUCGCAAGACGCAGUAGCUGAACCCCCCGAGCUCAGCCCCAAGGACGUGAUUGAUCCACCACUGCCUCCGGUGGCCAAGCCCUCGCCUCCGGCUGCCACCUCCACCAAACAAACUUAUAAUUCUUCAACUAAUACAUUAAGAGUUAGUGCUCAGAGCCUAUUUUUUGCUGCAGUGGUGGUGCUUCUUACCAUCUAUACAUAGAAUGCCAUUUUUACGCUGAGUUAUGGGAUUUUACAGAAGGGUAACACAACACUGAGAAAUAUACAUACCACAGAAUCAUAUAUAUACACACACACUACCAGAAAUCUGUGGCACAGUGAUCACUGGACUAGCCAGAUUGUUGUGAUGCUUGUUAAGAGAAAUAUUUAUGAUGGUCUUCAAACAGAAAAGAAAUGUAUUAUUCACAUUCAUGGUCUUAAACAAGAGAAAAGUUGUGUAUUUUCUUUCAAAUAUGUGUUAAAAUCUGUGAAGGUAACUUGCAUUCA